AUGGACAAAGUCGGUAAAAAAAGACCGAGGUUCUCGUACACCAGGCAACAGUUGAAAGAAUUGGAAGAACAUUUUCUGGUCAACCCCUACCUAACGAAGUCACCAAUGGCCCAGUUGUCCGUUAAACUGAACAUUCCCGAAAGCCAGGUCAAAAUUUGGUUUCAGAACAGAAGGAUGAGAGAAAAGAAGAAACCUGGCAUCUUUGGAAGAUGA